AUGAAAUCCCGUUGUGUCCUCUGCAACAGAAAUUUUUGCAAUGAGGAUGCGCUGGAUCAGCAUUUGCGCGAUUCACCCGCGCAUACCUCCGUCAAAUGUACGGACUGCCGUCGAACCUUCGGCAGCGAAGAGGCUCUCGAGCAACACCGGCGAGAUUCUCCCAGUCACCGGCCGAAUCCGGAAACCCCUUUGGACGCGUUCUUCCGAUCGUUCUCGACCUUUGACUACGAUCCUUCUCUCCCUCCGGCCACGUCCUAUGCCAGACUGCGAAGACACGAGCGUUGGGGACGUAAUGACGCCGCGUCGAAGGAUGCUUGGGAGAGAUAUCAGCAUGCAUUGGAGGUUGAGUUGCGCAAGUGGUACGGUGCCGAGGACGAUAUAACUGCGUGGCACGCCUUAUGUCGCGCCAUUGGCGUCGAGUCGCCUCCGGAAACUUGUGGGCAGUGCAAACAUGUCAGUCCAUGCUUUAAAAAUGUUGACUCGUGCUGA